AUGACAAUUUUUGAUGUUCCAAAACGAUCGUGGUUUGGAAAUGUUUCAAACUUGGAAUCGGGCACUUCCGAAAGGCUCGGGUCUCAUUUUCUUGCCAAAGCACAGGGACCAACAACACGAACAAGCAAGCGCAAGAUUCUCGCCAUGAUGAAUAACGAUAUGACAACGAUGAUGAAUGCAAGUGCCGCCCGUCAUACCAAACGCCCAUGCCUGUCGCCCGUUCCUGGAUUCCCGUCCAUGGGCAACCAAGCUGCAUCAUCACCUGCCGCCCCGAAAAGCCCCAUUAUCAAUAGCCCUGUUUGGGGGUUUCAGAAAGAAAAUCUUCAUAGUUUCCGCAAUGACACGUUCAGUUUUAAUGAUCCAAAGCAUCACUUGUGGCCUGCUUCAGCUCCUCCAGGGCCCGUCAAAGAACAGUCGCAUCAGCAGCCAACCUUAGCUCCGUGCAUUCUAUUCGCCGAAGAACCUUCCAAUUCACAGAGCCUUCCGUACGCUUCCUUCUCUUCCACCACGGCACCAUCGGCGCAAGAACGGUUGGAAAUCUCCAACAACUAUUUCGCAGCCAAGCAAAAGUGGAACGACACGCAAAUGGACGAACGAAAGCGCUCGGCCCGGUUGGCGGCAUUCGAACCUGCACUACAGAAAUUGGAGCAGAAGCUGAAUGAUGGAUUCAAGCCCGUGGAGGCGACGCAGUACCAGAUUCUUAUCACUGCACAGCAGCAAGAAAAGCUGGAGUACCCAAAGAGCUACGCAGCAUCUAUUCAAGCUGCUCGCAACUACGAAAACGCCAAGAAACUCUACGAUGAAUUGGGCAAUGUCGACAACUUUACGUCUGGAACAGCCUUUGGUCAGUCGCCACAAGCGGGCAAUGAAAGCAGAUCCUCCUUGUUUUCGUCCGAUUCCUUUUUGCCACCAAAGACCCAAUCGGAAAAACAAAAUACUGCGGCACCCAAACGAUCCUUGAAGAACAAGCGCAAGCAGCCCACCCCUAGAGCUCAUCGUCGCGGUGGCAUUGGUACUCCAGGAGGCAAACCUACCAAGUCCAUUUUGCGAUCUUCUUCCUAUUCUGCCGGGUUCGUCUCCCCCAAGAAGCAGACAAGCCGCGCUCGUGUCGUCUUUUCACCCGCUAGCGAGUUCAAGACGAAGUUCUUUAUCCCUCCCCUCGAGCUAGAGGGCAUCAAGAGUCCUGAGGAACGACAAAAAGCAGCAGGAAACCGCAGCCACAAAGGAGGGUCCAUCACUGUAGCAAAACUCGUAGAAUGGUAUGUCAGCAAUUCAGGGAGAAAGAACGACAGAUGCGAGGCAUACCUCAGUUGUGCCUCCCUCGACGAGAUUGCAAAAGUCUUUUGCUACGGGUGCCUCCACGGAGAGUCCUUGGCUGCUUCUUUGACCUUAUUGCGGGAUGGAGGUUUCCUCAACAACCCAGCUUGCAAGGCUACCGGCAUUAGUCUCGCUGGGUCGGAGUAUGAUCGUCAGGCUCAACUCAAACAGUUGCUGGGCGUUCCGGCAUAA